UGUUCUUUUACGUAUGUAUGUAUGCCUAUUGCCAUUGUAAUGUAGUGAAUCUUGCAAGUAUUCUUGAAUCUUGAAGCUAACUUCUUCAAAUGACUUCUAUUUUUUGUCACUGUCAAGAGAAAAUCGAAGUCGUAAUUCUGAUGGCCUAUUCAGUUUAGAUUCCUUCGACAAUUUGCAACAUCGUGUGCUAAUAAAGUUUCGUGAAUUUUGCGGGUCGAAACUUUUCGUGAUCGUUCCCCAAGCCGAUUUGCCUCUCAGCCAGGUUAUGGUAAGCUAACACAGUCAACCCAGAAUGGUGUAUAACAAGUGCGUUGUGAAGGGAUGUACAACCACUUCAUUGAAGAAGAACAUAGCUUUAUUUGAUACACCAGAUAAUGAAGCGCUUUUUGCCAGGUGGCAAGAAAACAUCAUAACCAAUGAUGGCCAGCCAAUAACAGUUAACUCUAAAGUUUGUGAAUUACAUUUUAAUGCAAGAUGCAUUCGUAAAGAAAUAGUAUCCCACAGAAAUUAUAAAAAUAGUCUGCGCUCCGUACUGUCAAGAAAUGCAAUUCCGUGUCUUAAGUUGGGGCAAACAGAAGUGAAAGAAUCUACUAGUGAUGCAGCAAAACAAGAAGCAGUUGCCAACAUCGAAGUGAAAAAUGAAACUGAUGUUGAACAGACACACACUGCAGAUAUUUCAACGGAUGAAGCAGCAAUUGAAUUGACAGAGAACUCAAUCCAACAAGAAGAGACCAAUAUCCAAGAAACAAAUAAUUCCAUAUGCGAUUUGAAUCUAGGUGACAAUCACGAUCGGUUAAUUACUAGGAAUGAGAGUGAGUUGGAGCAAGUCCCCUUGUCCAGCACUGAUGGAGGCUCAGUUAGUGUGGCUCCUGAAGAAUCAAGUGACUCUGUAAAAAGAGAGUUAGCAGUCGAGGAAAACACUGGUAUGCCUUCUGUAGAAGAACCUGAAAUUUCAGAGAAAGAAAUGGUGAACAUCGAUCGUGAAGGAAAAUCUGAGAGUCUAAAGGAAAUUAGCACUGCUCCAGAUGAAGAAAACAUGGUUUUAGCUUUAGAGUCCAUUGAUAACACCACAGAUGGUGACACUGCUUUCAAUGAAAAAGAUGUCGAUGAUCACAUUACUGCCGAUGUAAAUCAAAGUGAUCAAAAUGAUUUUCAUACCACAGAUGGUACAAGGGCCACUGUUUAUGAUGCUAAUGUAAAUGAGGAAAUGACAAAUUCACCUCAAAGUACAUCAGUCACAGAAGGAGAACCAAAAGAUCCCAAUGGAGAAAUUUGCCAGAAGACUUCUGAUAUCAACACUUAUGAAGCAGAGAUACCUGUAGAAAAUAUGUGUGGAACUGGCGUUAGGUUUGAAUCGAAUUCAGGCACAGUCAGCAUCACAGAUAACGAAGUUAAGACAAAUACUUCCUCUGGAGCCAUUGAAGUCAACAUGAAAGAUGCUGCCAUUGAAGCAGGAAAAUUAGAUGUUCUAGUGUGCGGAAAUUGUCACACAAUUUUUCAUUUCAUAGAAGAGUUCCAAGCUCAUAAAAGCGCUGCAGUUUGCAAUGAAACGUCAUCUCUAAAAUCAAAUAUCACAGAACCAAAACCACAAGUGUGGGCUUUCCUGAUCUGGAAAAACUCACAAAUAGAAGAUGGAAGCUCCUGGAAAUUAUAUCAGAAAUGGUGUCAAAUGACCGACUCGGAGAAAAGUGUCUGGAUUGCUGCUGGUGCCAGGCUGCAAGAGUGUGCUGCAGUUUCCAGACUAAAACACUUUCCAAAAGAAUCAUCAGAAAAAAUUAAUAGGACUUUACAAAAAUCGCCUAACAGAGGUCAAAUUCGACCACCGCAUCUCACUGCAUCAGACAAAAAACAUUUGGAUGAUGCAGAACGCAUAGGAACUUCCAAUAAUUUAAGGACCAAUUUAGAUUCAGAAGGAGAAUUUUAUUCCAGUGGAAUUGAUGAUAGUGACUCCUUACAAAGACCUGAAGCUAGUGAUGGGAUUGUUCAGUCUUUCCAAAUUAAAGAAGAGGUCACAAGUGAUGAUGGAGAAUCAAAUCUUACUGGAAAAGUGAGGAAACCGCAGUCAAGACCCGCAAAAAGUGGAACAACCGCCGAUGAUGAAGAGGAGGACAGUAAUGAAGAAUACAGUGUGGAACGAAUUGUUGCCAGGAGAUACAACACUAAGAAGAAACAGUUUGAAUACCUACUCAAAUGGGAAGGCUAUCCUCCGGACCAAAAUACUUGGGAGCCGGCAGAUAACCUCUCAGACUGUCAGCAUCUACUAAAAGCCUAUGAAGCAAACAUAGCUAAAAUGCAGCAGAACGCCAAGAUGAAGUCCACUUUGGCAUCUCCGAAAGUAGGGGAGAAAGUAAAUGAACAAGGACGCCCCAUACGGAAUAGUAAACAAAAAGCCCUCAGUCAAGUGAAGGAGUGGUGUGGCACAAUGCGAAUGGACGAAUCAGGCAAAAGGAGAAACUCUGAUAGCACGGAUGAUGAAGGACCUAGUGGUUCUAAAAAAAUGAAAUUAGACAAAAAUGAAAUGUUCAGCGCCUUUAAAUACAGCAGCAGAACUGAAUCUCCCAAAACAGCUGUAAAUGGAGUACCUGAAAGGCAGCAAGUUCUGUCAAGACUAGCAGCUGAACUAGGUAUCGGUCCAGAUUCUGACUCGUCACCAAACAAAUCUAUCAAACCAGUGGUUAGAUCAAUAUCCUCUCUUAGUCAGCAAAACCAAGAGGUUUUGGUUGCCAGUGCAAAAGGAGUAGUCAAAGUGGAUCCAAGUCAGGUACCUAAUCUCAGCUCAGGUGUGUACAUAAUGUCAAAUAAAUCUGGCAUUGUUAAACUAGAUUCUUUAUCACCUCAAAAAGCACUAUCAUCCCUUCGAAAGACUGGCGUAUUACCGCAAACAUCCAAGGGAGGCGUUGUCGUUCUGCAAUCGCCCACACAGAGGGGAGUACCUAAAUCUGGCAUUGUUCGGAAGAAUCAAGUUCCGCAAAAAGUGCAAGAGGCUCUACCAAACUCACCGAAAGUCCCCGUACACAGAAGUAUUCUUCCCAGAUCUCUAUUGAAUAAUUCUCCAAGACCAACUGGCUUACUGAGGCCAUCUGGAACAUCCACUCCAAGACCCCUCCAAAGAAUAGCCACUCCAAGAGUUCCGGUCUCUUCUACAAGGCCCCCACCUUUAAGCAAAAUUCAGUUUCCGCCUUUGAGACCUAGAGGUCCCAAUCCAGUUGGGAGACCACCUAAGGACAGAGUUAAGCCAAUUCAGUCAAUUCUAGGAUCUGCCCUCCUUGCCUCUGAGGACAAAGUAGCAGCAUUGAAAGGAAAAUCACUAAACGUGUCUCCUGGAACGCUGCUAAAAAAAUCUGUCGCAAAACCUCAGUCUUCGCCAAGUGCCAAGUUGGUCGAUAAUGACAAGAUAUUAAUGGAAUUCCACACAGCAAAAUCUGACUCGGACAGUGAUUAUGGUCUGGAAGACGAUUUUCCAUCAGAUUUACCACCUAUUGAAGCAGUCGAAAACAGUCCUCCAAGGCCGUUAACAUUAGAUCCUUACACCGGUGAACGUUUGGCUAAAGCGGAGGGUGAGAGGACUCCGUCUCCUGAACCAACUCCUCCCCCAACGCCCCCUCCAAAAACACCUGAGCCAGCACCCUCAUCAGAAUCAACAGAAUCUACAGAAACGAUAGAUAUGCAAACUGAGCAUUCAAGUCAAGGCCAUUUUAUAAAGGUUGAAAUGAGUCCGGGUGGCACAACUGGCAUGGUGACAGAGGCCUUAUCAAAUAGUCAAGAAGAGGGGGCCGAAUUUGCAUCUUUAGGAGACGAAUGCAAUGUUGGAGGCUUGAGAGUGAAAAAAAUUCUAUCACCAUCAUCAGAAUUGGAGCACCAACAAAUAAUAUUGCAACAGCAGGAAGGAGUGAUGAUGGAGGGCGUAGAAACUGGUGACGAUAUUAUCCAUGUGACCGGAGAAGACGGCACUGUUUACCAGGUUUCAAGCUCUCAGUUAAAUGGUGAAACAAUCUUGCUUGAAGGAGCAGAAGGCACGCAACAGUGUGUUUUCGUGACACAAGGUGGUGAAGACGGCUCUGUUUUAGCUAUUGAUCCCUCGCAGUAUGCGAAUUCAGUUGGGCAGCUGAUGCCGGAACAGAUGGAAGCAUCAGCAAAUGGCGCUGCUAGCAUAACAAUAGAAAGUGGUGAAGGUGAAGAUCAGGCGCAAGUUGUAGCUCAGUUGGUAGAAGCAGGAGAGCCUUGUGGAGGUGGUCUAAGAAAAGUGGUUCUAAUGCUACCUGAUGGGAACUUAAUGAUGACGGAGGUAGACGAAGAACAGUUUGCUGCUUUAGAACUUGAUAAAUAAUUUUCUCAUAUGGUUGGUGAAACCUAAGAUUCUGGGACUUCAUAAAAUAAUUUUCUGAGUGGGAUGAAAAGAUUGCUAAUCAAAAUGUUUGAUUAAACAUAUUAAAAAACCAAACUUUUUUGUACGGUGAAGUACCGAAACCAUAUAAGUCAUCUCAUUUUUUUCUGAACAAGACACAUUUUUUCAGGUCAUAAGUUGAAAUUGCUCCUCUUGUCAACUAAAUUUAUUUCAAAAUAGUAAAAAUUUAUGAUAUUCUGAAGGUAUUUAACUCGAAAGGGUUGCAGUCCUCCUUUUUUUAUGACCUCUCGUAUUUAUUUCCGUCACAUUAAUCCAUUGAAGAAUACAAUGUCAUCAUUAUUUGUCGCUCUUACACCUUUUUUUUUACAUUUCUUUUUCUCUCACUGAAAUAUUUUACUUAGGCGCUCUCCAUUAUUCAAAGUAAUGUUUUUGUCUCAAAAUUCUUUGAAAGAAAGGAGUUCAAAAAAUGUUUGUAUGGCUUUACGUUUUUUCAGUCAUGAUGUCACUUGUCAAUUAUAAAAAAUCAAACUGAAGAACCAAUUAAUUUAGGAUUAUUAUUUCUCCCUUAAAAUACGACUAAUACACUUGUGAGUUUUUAGCUGAUGACGAAAAUUAAAAGUCUGUCUCAAGUUAAAAAUUACUUUCAUAUCCCUGUCAAGUGUAUAACAGAUGGUUGAUUAAUUUAAUUCCUGUACAUUCUUGUAAAUAUGUACCUAUUCGUAUUCUCCCACAUGUGGUUUCAGGACUUAAUAGAAGUGUUCAUGCCUCGAAUCUGUAUAGAACUUAAUUGAUCGAAAAACUGCCUAUUCUCAUUCCUAUAAAAAAUUUAAUUUCCUCUUGAAUCAAGUCAUGUGAGAUACAUUGCCCUUAGUUAAAUUCUUCAUAGUCCAGCUCUUUUUACUUUUUGGUGUAUGUCUUUUAGAUUAAUUGAUGCUGUGAAACAUGAAACAUUUCAAGGGCCCUUUUGUCAGUUACAAUCAAUUACCUGUAGUGUCAACAUCAUCUCCAACUUUGACUAAAUAUCUCAUUGACACUAUUCCAAACUCAAGUUUUUUACACAUGGUUAACUUUCUUUAUGAAAGCUGCUGGAAAAGUAAAUUCAAACUAAGAAAGUUUCCCUUCAGUCCCCAUUAAUCCUGCAGCUAAUCCUUUUAAUACUAUCUUUGAAGAUAUCUUAUUGCAUCAAGUUUUUUCAGUCUUUUCAGUCACAUUGAAGGCUUUUUUUUCUCUAUGAAGAAGGAAAUCAAGAGAAAACCCCUCUCAUUCGUAUAAUUAGUAAUCAUGAAAAGCUGUAGAAGAAGCAUAUACUUUGCCAAAGAGUAAGAGUAAGAGUAGGAAAUUUUUGCGGGUAUGCUAUCCUUUUCCCUAGUAUUAGAUCUCAAUGGGAUCUCGCCAAGAGCUCUGCAAUUUUCAUUGUACAUUGUAUCAAGUAGAUCUAAGAACACAAGUGAAUUUAUUUAUAACUUAGUGUAUUAAAAUUUUGAUGAAGUAAUGUAUUUGUUUGAAUCAACUACUAUGAUACUGUAGAAUGACCUUUUUAAAUUUGACUUUUUUGUCCUCCCCCAAUUUCAGACAUUCAAGAUGUGUAUUACAACGUGUGUAAUUAUCUACUCAUCUGUCCCAUCCUAUUCAUUUCACAGAAAUUAUGUGUCCAUGCGUUCCCAAAUGUCAGGUGUAUCUUUACUUUGCACCACUGACCUAGUACUGAAAUUGGUCUUUGUUUGGUUAACAGAAUAUCAAUGGCUGAAAGGGAAAAACGCUUAAUUCAAUUGCAAUUUUUUAUAUUCCUCAAGAAAUCUGAUCACUUUCCUUCUAUUUUGAAUGAUUUUUUCUCAUGUUAUGAGGAAUAUUACAAUAAAAACUUUUGGCCAGUCUUCUUUUUACAAAGUAAAACUGAAGUGGAGAUUUACAAUGACGCAAUCUGAGAUGCUCUUUUUUCGACUUCAGCCAUUGAUAAGUAUAAACUUGAUGAAGCUAUGUGACUGUUUGGUUUCAUAACCUAAAUUAUUAUUCAAUCUGAUAAAAUCCUGGUAAAGAAAUCUGUCAAUACAAUUAGCCAAAACUUUACUUCAGUUAGGCCUCAAUGUACCCCAUCCAUUUUGGCAACAUUUUAGUAAUCAGCUUGCAGAUGGUAAAUUUUAUGAGAUUGUAAUAGACUGAUUUAGUGGCUAUGUCAUUUGAUAUAAUAUCGAAUCCUUGGUUCAAAUGUAAACAAACACAGAACCUUCUUCCUGAUUCGCGCCCUUCGCGCAAUGGUGGUAUAAUACGUCCAAGUGUUUCUUAGAAUCAAAAUUUCUCGUGUUUAAUGAAUCUUCAAUAGAUCUAUGACCGGUCAAUGACUAAAUUUUAAUAAAUUAACAAAAUUAACUUUUUUUUUUUAUUAGUUUAUUGUUAUAUUAACAAUACAAAUAUGUCACUACUACUACUACUAUGAUUCUUAGUAUCUAUUGACUUGUUAUUAAAUAUAAAUGAGUUUUAAAAGUAAUUCUAGCGGAUAAUAAGCAUUCUUGCUUAUUAUAAAUAAUUAUUGAUAUGUAAUAUCAAAAUUAUGUGCACAAAAUUAACUCAUGAAGAAUUCGCACAUGAGGUUAUGAUAGUUUGCUUUGUUUUGAACUAAGAGUCCGAUAUAAUAUCGAAUGAUGUAGGCGCUAAAUCAGUCUAUUGCUAAGUGGUAUUAAAGCCAUUUUAUCAGUUUCAAAGGUAUGAAGUCAUAUGUACCUAUUCUGGUUUACAUACACAAAGAGCUAAUUAUUUAUAUCACUUGUUAUUGUAAAGUUUGGACUUGUGUAAUAUAUUUAUAUAUUUUCCAGUAAUA